AUGAAGCUCAACGUGCAGACCCACGCCGACGCAUCCCAAAAGCGACGAUCCGCAAGAUUGUCACAUGGCUCGAAGGAUGCCAAAGCGCAGAAACAUGUGAAGAGCGCCAGGUCCAAGUCCAGCCGUGCGGCGGCCAUAGAGGCCUCCAUGCGGAUCAAGGCGGAAGCAACGCAGCGUUCCACCCGUCUCGUUAAAAGUACUAAAAUGGAAGCUAAGAAAAUCGUGAAAGGCGCUGCGUCGAAAUCCGCAGCUGAGCGUGCUGCCGGGAGCAAACCAGCCAAGCCGUCCGUGGCUGCGAAAGGCAAGGGGUCGACUAAAUCGCCUAGCGCCGUUGAAUCAUCUAAGGGUUCAAAAAAAGGAGAAAAGACAGUCAAAUCCUCUACUGUGAAAUCCACCAAGACCACUCAUGCAAAACAGGUGCCCGCAAAAACCACCAAAACUGAAGCCAAGACCGUCUCCAAAACGGUGAAGAAGGACCUGGAUAAGUCUGCCAAAUCCACCAAGGCUAAUUCGCAGAAAGCCGCUACGAAAAGUUCAGAUGCCAAGAAAGUCAAGAAGGAGAAGACGAGUGCGGUCGCGAGUGUGAAGACCGAAAAGAACGCCCCGGCGAAGAAAGGCAAGACCGUUUCCGUCAAGGUUGAGAAAUCAACCAAGAAUGCAAAACCCCCCUCGAAGGUUGUCAAGAAGGAAUCCAAGGCCUCUGCGUCGGCUGCACCCGCCAUUAACGGCAAAUCCGCGGGCAGUAAGAGCGGCUAA